CUUAAGCUAAAUCAGUUACAAUUAGUCGACGAUGAAGCAAAUUCCAUACGUAUUAAUACUGUGCUUUAUUUCUUGUGCUUUGGCACAAAGAGAAUCCUGCAAAACACCAAACGGCGAGACGGCCAAAUGCGUCUCAAUCUACUCAUGUCCGAAGCUGUACGAAUCUGGAAAGAGCGGCCGUCCGGACGCGUACAGAUUCCUGCAACAGUCGGUUUGCAGGAAAUCCUAUUACAACCUUUACGUAUGCUGCGGCUCGGACACCACCUUCAAAGAGCAAAAACCGACGGCUCCGACGAUGGCAUCGCGGCAUAAUUUGAUCGCUGACAAAAGUGAAUGUGGCUACAUGAAUGCAGACUUUAAGAUAUACGGUGGUAACAGGACAGGGUUGGGCGAGUUCCCGUGGAUGGCAUUACUCGAAUACAAGAAUUUGACGAGCGGUGAGCGCAAAUUUUUGUGCGGCGGAAGUCUCAUCGGAAAGAGACACAUCAUGACAGCCGCCCACUGCGUUACAGGAAAGAGCCUCGAUGGAUUUAGACUUGUGAAUAUUCGACUGGGUGAAUGGAACGUCUCCAGUUCGAAGGAUUGCGUCAGGAUUGGCAGGAAAAUGGAAUGCAGUGAUCCUGUCAUGAACGUGGGAUUCGAGAGGUUAACGCCGCAUGUCGAUUUCGUGGACAGUGUGAAGAACGACAUCGCGUUGAUCAGACUGGACAGAGACAUCAAAUACUCGAAAUUCGUGAGUCCGAUUUGCUUACCGGCAGAUGAAAAGCAGCAACCGAACACCAAAAUGUUCGUCGCCGGUUGGGGUAAAACUGAGCGCGGUACGAACAGCGAGGUAUUGCUGAAAGUUCAGGUGCCCAUCGUUAACAAUGAGUUAUGCGAUUGGUUGUUAGGAAAGAGAAUCAAAGUCAGGGAUACUCAGAUUUGUGCAGGAGGUGAAAAGUGGAAGGAUUCCUGCAGAGGCGAUAGCGGAGGACCGUUGAUGCACAGGGACGUCGAGACUGAUCAGUGGUCAGCUGAGGGUAUUGUGUCUUUAGGAAAAGGAUGCGGUUCGGAAGGAUAUCCCGCUGUUUACACGAAAGUGCGAUCAUUCAACAGUUGGAUCAGAAUGCACGCAUUUUGAGUUCCAUCUUUCUACUUACAAAGCUGUUUCAAGAUCAUUAACAUUC